AUGGUCAAAGGCUCCUCUGGUCCCGGUCUGGUCCUCACCGUGUCUGCGAUCGGAGCCACAGACUCUGCAGAGAAGAACAAAGAACACAGCGCCAAGAUAUUCAACUUCCUCACCAGCGAACUGCAACUGCACGAGGACAGGAUUGGGAUCGUGUUCACUGCUCUUCAGCCCCACCAAGUGGGCAAGAAGGGAACUGUCAUGACUUUCUUGAUGUGA